AUUUGUUGACCAAGAUUGCGGUGCCGUCGUGCCGUUACUGUAGCUAAUACUCCAGCAUGUUCCCUCCACAAUAUCCUUCGCAACCUUUCCCGCCACAUGGUGGUGUAGCAGGCUCCCGCCCUUGGGAAUUACAAACCGCUCCCGAUGGAUUCCACGUACAAGAAAGUGCAAAUGGCCGUUAUUUUCCCCAUCAGUAUGUCGACAUUGUCUUUAAUAGACAUGCUUGUAGAUCCGGUCCACCGCUUCCUCCUGUGCCUCCACCAAUUGACAAAUUUGCUGCCAUGAAUCUAGGCCAUCAAGUUUCACCAGGGCAACAACAACCCCUGGACCAAAUGAGUUAUGGUGCACCGCCUUAUUACCAGCAGGAAAAUCCCUCCGCUUUUCCUCAACAUCCACCAACAGUUCCUCCAUCACAGACACCCUACUACCCCCCACCCUCGGGUCAAGCAGCACAUUCGACCCACUACCCUCCAAGUAUGCCACCAACAAUGUCUCCUCCCAUGCCGCCACAACCACCUGGCCCGAAUAUGGCUCAACAAGGGGCGAUAGAGCCACCAAUGCCUCGGUACCCCCAGUACCCUCCAAGUGCUGCGCUGGGUAAUAAAUCCCACCCACCUGGUGUUCAACCUCAAUAUCUGAACGGCCCACCAGCGGCCCCAACGCAGCCUACCAAGAGAAUAAGCGCUGAAGGACUACCGAGCGCUGUGGAGGUAAUCGAAUCAAACCGAACGCAAUGUUCAGGUCCCUUUUUCACCAGCCAGCGCAGCGUCUUGCCUCCAUUGGUUACCACCGAUUUCAGCUGUCGUGAUGAGGGCAACUGCAACCCUCGUUUCAUCCGGUCCUCUCUCUACGCGAUUCCGACCACGUCCGACUUGAUGAAGACAGUUGGCAUCCCGUUCACACUGACGAUUUCUCCAUUCGCAUCCCUGCAUGCUGAUGACCAACCCAUUGUGGUUAGCGACAUGGGUGAACAGGGUCCCGUCCGUUGUAUGCGAUGCCGAGCCUAUAUGAAUCCGUUUGCGAGCUUUAUUGAUGGUGGCCGACGUUUCCAAUGCUCAUUGUGCGGUGGAGUCACAGAAGUACCGGUUAACUACUUCGCCCACUUGGAUCAUACCGGGCGCCGGACUGAUACAUACCACCGACCGGAACUGUGUCUUGGCAGUUACGAGCUCACGGCCACAGCAGAAUAUUGCAAGAACAAUGAACUGCCGUUACCACCGGCUUUUCUCUUCUUGCUGGAUGUCUCACAAACGUCGAUUCGUUCCGGACUUGUACAGCUAUUUUGCUCACAGUUCAUUGAGCGUAUAUUGCCUAAACUCCCAAAGGAUGACAAUGCUCCGGAAAGCGCGUCUGGAAUCAGAGUGGGAUUCAUGACCUAUGAUCAUCAGCUUCAUUUCUACAGUUUGGCUCCCGAAACUGCUUGCAACGGUACGACCGAGGGUAGCAUCCACCAUGCCGACGUGUACGUCAAGCCACAGAUGCACAUUGUUGCCGACGUAGAAGACGUUUUCGUCCCAACGAUAGAAGGCUUUCUAGUCCCACCGGAGGCCUCCUCUAUCAGUAGCCUAUUGAGCCUAAUUCCUGUGCAGUUCAGUUCCAAUUCGGCAUCAUCUGCUCCGGACGCGAUGCUGGGUCCGGCAAUACAGGCUGGUCUAGAGACGUUACGUGCAGCCAAUCGACCAGGGAAGUUGUUUGUCUUCCAUUCCAAUCUUCCAACAGCGGAAGCUCCAGGAAAAUUGAAAAAUCGAGACGAUCGGCGUCUUGUCGGCACUGAGAAAGAAAAGAGUAUGCUUGUGCCUGCAGGAGACUUUUACACUGGACUGGGGCAGUUGUGUGUGGAGGCCGGGUGCAGCGUGGAUCUAUUCUUGUUUCCCAACGCGUACACCGACGUUGCCACUUUGGCGGAGAUUCCCAGGUUAACAUCGGGUCAUUUGUACAAGUACAACUGCUUUCAGGCUGACCUCCAAAGUGAGCACUUCUUAUGCGACUUGGAACGAGCCGUCUCCCGCCCCAAGGCAUUCAAUGCCGUCAUGCGUGUCCGUACCAGUACGGGGAUCAGGCCGGUCGAAUUCUUUGGCAACUUCAACCUCCCAAAUACCACUGAUAUCGAACUCGCUUGUGUUGAUCCAGACAUUGCUGUCACAGUGGAAAUUAGACACGACGAUAAACUUCAGGACAAAGAUGUUGCAUUCAUUCAAGUCGCCUGUCUGUUCACCUCGUUGUCUGGCCAGCGCCGCCUUCGCAUUCACAACCUAUCCCUGGCCACCACUAGUUCCAUUCCUGAGAUAUUCCGCAUCGCUGAAUUGGAUACUCAUAUGAACUGGUUGAGCAAAUUUGCCAUGCGUGCUUUGUGCACACGGGCACAUCCGCAUGUGGUAGACGACUUGACUGCGCGUACCGCCCAUACACUGGCUGCGUAUCGGCGUCAUUGUUCCGGCGGUCCGGGCGAUGUCGGUGCCAGCCCAGGCGAGCUUGUAUUACCACAGAACAUGAAACUCUAUCCACUAUACGUUCAGUGUCUGAUGAAAUCGGAUGCCUUUAUGCCUGCGGACAAUAUUUCAAUAGAUGAACGCGCGUUGCUUAUGUUCUACGUGAAUGGUAUGGACGUGAAACAAUCGAACAGCUAUCUUUAUCCUCGUCUAUUUCCUGUGGUAAGUUCCAGAACAUGGAUCGGUGGACGGGUAUGGACGCAUGGAGCGAGAUGGGCAAAGUGGUUAGAGCGCGAGUUUACUGGUGGUUCGAACCCGACCUCUGCAUCUCGACUUCCCCUGUUUAGGCUUGGACAACCUGGCAGUAUCCCAGCCCUCGUGCCUCCUUCGGGUGGCAUGGCAGUUAGGCACCAAAUAAGUGCUACAGUUGAACGAUUUUUUUCAUGGACGCAUUUGACCUAUCUGAAUCGAUGCCCAUGUAUUGUCCACAGUGAAGUGACGGACAAUAUUUCAAUAGAUGAACGCGCGUUGCUUAUGUUCUACGUGAAUGGUAUGGACGUGAAACAAUCGAACAGCUAUCUUUAUCCUCGUCUAUUUCCUGUGGUAAGUUCCAGAAGUGAUGAGGCACAAACGGUCUUGCCGUCGCCGGGAGCAGCUGUCCAGCGCGAGUUUACUGGUGGUUCGAACCCGACCUCUGCAUCUCGACUUCCCCUGUUUAGGCUUGGACAACCUGGCAGUAUCCCAGCCCUCGUGCCUCCUUCGGGUGGCAUGGCAGUUAGGCACCAAAUAAGUGCUACAGUUGAACGAUUUUUUUCAUGGACGCAUGUGAGCAGUGAUGCAGUACAAAGCGGUUAUCAUUGCUCCGGUCGAUACACCGACCGAUCCCUAACCAUCUUUCUUUCUGAGUUGCAAAAGGAAUGCUAUUUUGGCAAGUUGGGACUGCUAGUUGGAGAAACCCUGCGCUAUCAAAUUCAUGUGCAUACUUUAGCUCCCAACUUCGAAGGUCAAUUGGUCUACCCACCGGCUUCGAUUCGUUGUUCCUAUGAAUGGCUUCAACCGGAUGGCGCGUUUCUGUUGGACAAUGGAGUCAACUUGUUCUUAUGGCUCGGGAGCAAUCUGCCUGCGGAGUGGAUUCAAAACGUUUUCAACGUACCUAGUGCCAGACAAUUUGAGCCGGAACGGGUGUACGAUCUUCCCAGACUGGAAACAGAUGUCUCGCGUAACCUUAGUUAUCUGAUUCACAGAAUUCACGAGGAACAUGGAAGGCACACUCGGCUUUUGGUGGUUCGACCCGGAGACAAGUUAGAGGCGUGCUUCAAACGUUUCUUAGUUGAAGAUCGUCACAGUGGAAACUCGGUGUCUUACGUGGAAUACUUGUGCCACAUACACAAGGAAGUGUGUGGUCUUCUUCGAUGAUUGUCUGUACGGCCGCCUGCAAAUCGCUCCGCCUUGCCCUACUUCGUUGUUCCUACUCUCCCCGUCGCUUGCGAUAUUUAUUCAUAUCGCACUGAAUUCAUCCUCACAAGCGAUGCUAUGCAGUUCGGGAUCUCUUGUCUGUGGCACCUCCGCGUCCGUCCAACCAGCCAAUGCCUGAUUUGUCACGUUUACGUAAGGUGAUUUGCCGGUCGAUGGACCACACACACCCCAGUUGACGCAGUAUUACCCGUUGUCCUGCUUUUCUGGCAUGCACCGCCUGUGCCUUCUCUGUUGUUAUCUGUUGGGUAUUUUCGUCUUUCAUGGGCUAGCCCACUCGUUAGCGGUCAAUCGUUCAGCACUCCCUUCAGGGGCGGCGGCGCUCUCGUCAUUUUUAAUUCGGUCUCUCUUUGUUACUUACAGUUCAUUCUUCGGACUGGUUGUUUGGUUAUCCCAAUCCCAUGUUGAAAAAAAACUGUUUCAAACGUUCUUCUGGCGUGUACUAAAUGCCGUUUUUUCAUACUUAUCGACACAUAUGCGCUUCGACUAGCUGGCUGUCCGUUUGAACAAAAUCACUCGCUUUUGUUCGCUUCUAUUCAAUCUGUAUUCCGGAACUCCGCUUCCAUUGGGGUGCGAUUACUCAAGUAGGUUUCUGUUCAUCCUAUCUGAAGGCUGUUGCAUUGCCGUGUGUUGUCUGCCCUUGAUCGUUUUCACUCCUCUUUCUGGGAUCCAGUUUCCUCUAACUUUGAUUUUUACCUCGGUAUCUGCGUGAUCGGCCUCUUCAGUGAUUACCGGACUUCGUCACAGCCUUCGCUUUUUCCUUGUUGGAAUGGGG